AUGAUCAGUAAAGAGACAGUAGGGAUUGACAAUAUUGGGUACUACAUACCCAAACCCAGAGUGCCAGUUCAACUUUUACUAGAAAAAGCUUUCAAAGAGUAUCCGGAAACGUUUGCUAGGAUGCAAAAUGCGGUAAAAACUACAGGGCAGAAAUGCAUAAGAAUUACCCAAAGUUGGCAGGAUUCUGUUUGCUUAGCAACUGAAUCCGUACUAGAUCUACUGCAGAAUAUAUCAUUGGAAGCACUCCGUUUUGUAGUAUCCGCAACAGAAACAUCAGUAGACGCUUCAAAACCCAUAUCAGCAUAUAUAAUAGGAAUAUUACAAAAGGUGGGUAUACGUAUUCCCUCUAAUGUAAGUACGUAUCAGACACAGCAUGCCUGUGCUGGAGGGGUUAUAAGCAUUAUGCAAUGUCUUGGUAUGAUUUCAAGCGCCAAGAGGGCAUCAACUGCGCUGGUAAGCAUGACUGAUAUUGCACGUUAUGAAGCAAAUACCACUGCAGAAAUAACACAGGGUGCUGGAUCUGUCUCUGUAUACUUAAAAAAACAUCCAAGGCUACUCUCUCUUGAUAUUCACAAUGUGGGACUGUACUCAGAAGACACAGACGAUUUUUUUCGCCCCAAUAACAGCAGUACUGCCAAGGUGCGUGGUCAGUAUUCUAUGAAAUGCUAUCUUGAUUCUGUGUACAAUGCACUAUUAGAUUGCGCUGAAAGUGUAGGGAAAAGUAUUACCGAGAUAUGCGAAGAGACCCACUACUUCUUUUUCCACCUUCCCUUUGCUACUAUGUCGACAAUAGCACUAGAAUAUAUCUUUAAGCGAAAAUUGAAGUGGUCUCUUCAAAAAAUAGAAGAGUUUCUAGAUAAUAAACAUAUACAGCAAGCCUCUGAGGUAAUAUCAUGGAUUGGUAACACCUAUACAUCUUCUCUCUUUUUUUCUAUGGGGUAUCUGCUUAGUAAGCAGUACGAAGCAGUACAAGAAAGCAUAGUAGGCAAAAAAGUGCUCGUACUGAGCUAUGGGUCGGGAAAUACUUCUAUGGUAAUUCCUGGCCGCGUUGCACAACAAGCGCCUGAAGUUAUCCAGUCGUGGUCUUUGUGUGAUCAAUUACAAACUGGCAACGAUGUUGAAACCCAAGUAUAUAGUACGUGGAUGCAGCACCACGAUGCUAUCCCCCCUAAUGAAAAAGAUCUCAAUACAAUACAAUCAAAGUCAUUCUACCUUUCGAGGAUACGAGAAGAUGGGUACAGGGUGUAUAGCCAGUCACCAUGA